CAGCCAAUGGUGGAGUGGCUUGGAGUUGCCUCCCGCUCCUCCGGUCCCUCCUCGCGCUGUCCUAGACGUGCACGCGCGUGGUGGUACCCAACGCUCGCGAAGAGGAGGAGGAGGAGGAGGAUGUGGCGCGCGGAGGGGAAAUGGCUGCCGAAAACAAGCCGGAAGGACUGAAGAAAAUUCGUAAUCCGGAUCGAAUGUACAGAUCAGCUGUGUGUUAUUCCGGCCAUGCUGCUCCUAAGGGUGUCAGUGAUGACACAGAGAUGAACAAUGAACAUGGACAUUUGAAAAUAUACCUGCCCAAAAAGCUGCUUGAAUGUCUACCAAAAUGCCCCUCAUUGCCAAAAGAGAGACACCGGUGGAACACGAAUGAGGAAAUCGCAGCUUACUUGAUAACCUUUGAGAAGCAUGAUGAAUGGUUAACAACAUCUCCUAAAACAAGGCCACAGAAUGGGUCGAUGAUACUGUACAACCGGAAAAAGGUGAAGUACAGGAAGGACGGUUACUGCUGGAAGAAGAGGAAAGAUGGCAAGACAACACGAGAGGAUCACAUGAAGCUGAAAGUGCAGGGUGUUGAGUGUCUCUACGGCUGUUACGUGCACUCCUCCAUCAUCCCCACCUUCCACCGCAGGUGUUACUGGCUGCUGCAGAAUCCAGACAUCGUCCUGGUGCACUACUUAAACGUGCCGGCCAUAGAGGACUGUGGGAAACCAUGUGGUCCCAUCCUGUGCUCCAUCAACACAGACAAGAAGGAAUGGGCCAAGUGGACCAAGGAGGAGCUCGUGGGGCAGCUCAAACCGAUGUUUCAUGGCAUCAAGUGGACUUGCAGCAAUGGGAACAGCAGCUCUGGUUUUUCAGUGGAGCAGCUGGUGCAGCAGAUACUAGACAGCCAUCAGACCAAGCCUCCUCCCCGGACUCACAACUGCCUCUGCACUGGCACGCUCGGUAAGGGACAGAAGGGAGACACAGAGAUGGGCCAAGAGAAAAAGACAGGUGCUGGGAGCAGCGUGCACCACAAGUGUAACAGUGCUAAACACCGUAUCAUCUCUCCUAAAGUGGACCCUCGCACUGGCACCUACAGCAGUGGUCACUCCGAGCUGCAAAACAAUGAUGUGUCAGAAGGCAAAACAGAACACAGCCAUGCUGGGGGUAAAGCCGGCACAGGGGCUACAGGAGGGGGCACAUCACGGGAAAAACGCAAUGGAAAAGUGCAUAAGCCUGUACUGUUGCACCAGAAUAGCACUGAGGUCUCAUCUACCAACCAGGUGGAAGUUCCAGAUACCACUCAGAGUUCACCUGUGUCCAUCAGCAGUGGCCUAAACUCAGACCCCGACAUGGCUGACAGUCCUGCUGUUACCGGGAUGAGUCACGUGGCCUCAGUAAUGAGCAGCCUAUCCCAGAGCGUAUUCAUGUCAGAAGUACCAGGUGAUCCGGUCUACAGCAUGUCCCCAACAGGAAGUGCUAAUGCUCACCUCAUGGGCCCCGAUGCCACCUCCCAUGGACUGGUGCUCACUGUCACCUCUGACAGCCAUAAGUUUGCCUUUCCGGGCAGUGGGGGCACAGAGACAGGCACACCAGGAGCCUCAGAUGGACUCGCUAUGUUGUCUGCGGCUGGAGUCUCUGAGGAGCUCGUCCUCUCAAGCAGCCUGGAUUCAAGCAACAUCAAGCUGCCAGAGACCAGCAUGAACUUUGAUCCAGACUGCUUCCUGAAUAACCCGAAGCAGGGCCAAACUUAUGGGGGCAGUGGGCUGAAGCAAGAGAAUGGCUCUCCAGGUACCUCCUCUAUGGCUAGCACCAACGGCCUGCAGCACUCUCCGUCAAUGUCCAACUCCAGCUACACCUUCAACUCGGAGAUCAUCAAGAACAUCAAGACUGAGGACACCUCCUUCGAGCAGCAGCUGGCCAAAGAAAGUGGCUACCAGAUGAGGACAGUAGUAAGCUGUAGUGUUUCCAACGGUUCAGGCUCGCAAAGCUCACUAACAUUAACCGCAGCAGGCUCACUACUGCCUUCUGGGGGAGGACUGAGUCCCAGCACCACCCUGGAGCAAAUGGAUUUCAGUGCCAUAGAUGCAAAACCUGACUUUUCAUCCAGUACAUCAGUGGGUUAUGACCAAGCAAUGACCAACACUCAUUUGGCCCAUCAAAGCCACUCACCCAGUUUCUUCCUUCAGGACACACCACAGUCAGCCCAGAACCAGCAAGGCAGGCAAAAUUCAGUCCAGAAGAGCCAUUUGCUGGAGCACAACUCCCAUGACAGGACCUAUAUGGGCUUACAGGUGGUCAAAACAGACUCGCCUGGUACCAACGGCCAUCUCCACCACCACCAUGGUCACCAGAACCAGCACAGACCCACCUGCAAUGGAAACUCAGCUACAGAGAACCAAGGGCAGAGUGGAUCUCUUCAACUAUUGCAGUAUCCAGGAGGCUUCUCUAGCCUUGGGACAGAGCAUGAGGAUGUGGUUGGCCAUGAUCAAACUGGCAGUACUGCUUCCAGUCAAGCCAGUAGUGCAGAUACCAGAUCAGAUGGCAUGCUCAAGCCUGGGGAUCACCUGCAGGCUUGUGCAGGGGGCAACACAGAGGGAGGAGGAUCAGAGCACUACCUGCAGCAAGGUCCUGAGAAUGGAGUAAGUAAUGAAGCCGUAGCUCUCAGGAACGGGAAUUCCAACGACAACACUAAUGGCCAGCAGCAGCUGCAGCCUCUUCUGCAGGGGGCUGGGUUGGUACAGGGGCUCUACAAUACAGUGGGGACCCACCAGGGUCUAAGUGAAGCUGGAACUGGCACUACCGGCGGCACCGGCAUGGAAAUCAGCCUGGAUCACUUCGACAUCUCCUUCGGCAACCAGUUCUCUGAUCUCAUCAAUGACUUCAUUUCAGUGGAUGGAGGAGUCACCGCUGUGGGUUCUGGCGGGGCACUUUAUGCCCAUCAGCUGGUUGCACCACCUGGCUCAGACGGGCAGACAGUCUCAGGAGGAAACCAGCAGCAAAGCCAAGGGGAUGGGAACAACAGAGUAACAGGAUACAACACUUCUGACCUCUGCCUCCAGCCUUGCUGCAGUCCCCAGGGUCUUGGUGGUGGAACAGCUGGUGCUGGGGCUUCAGGGGACACAGGCUCACUUUCCUACAUGCAUGUAGCUGACGUUGUAUCAGCAGCAGUGGCACAGGGCACACUGGGUAUGCUGCAAGCCACAGGGAGGCUCUUUAUGGUGACCGACUACUCUCCGGAAUGGUCCUAUCCAGAGGGUGGGGUUAAGGUGCUAAUCACUGGCCCGUGGCAGGAGGCUAGCAGUCAGUACAGCUGUCUGUUUGAUCAGAUCUCUGUUCCUGCUUCGUUGAUUCAGCCUGGGGUUCUGCGUUGUUACUGCCCUGCCCAUGACACAGGGUUGGUGACUCUGCAGGUGGCAGUCAGUAAUCAGAUCAUCUCAAACUCGGUGGUGUUUGAGUACAAGGCCCGUGCACUGCCCUCUCUGCCUUCAUCCCAGCACGACUGGCUCUCUCUGGACGAUAACCAGUUCAGAAUGUCCAUUCUGGAGCGGCUGGAGCAGAUGGAGCGCCGGAUGGCCGAGAUGGCCGGCCAGCAGCAGCAGCAAAGUAACGGAGCGGCUGGAGGAGCUGGAGCAGGAGCAGGGGGAGGAGGAGGAGGAGCAGGGGGAGGUGGAAAUGGAGGGAACAGCAGUAGCAGCCAGUCUCAGUGUCUGUCAGGCCAGGGACAGGCGGGCAGCUCGUUCGAGAGCCGUGUAGUGGUUGUGUGUGAGAAGAUGAUGAACCGUGCAUGCUGGGCCAAAUCCAAACACCUGAUCCACUCUAAAACCUUCCGGGGAAUGACCCUGCUGCACCUUGCUGCUGGACAAGGCUACGCUACACUCAUCAAAACACUCAUCAAGUGGCGCACUAAGCAUGCAGACAGCAUUGAUCUGGAGCUUGAGGUGGACCCACUUAACGUUGACCACUUCUCUUGUACACCCUUGAUGUGGGCUUGUGCUCUGGGUCACCUCGAAGCAGCCGUGGUUCUGUACAAAUGGGACCGCAGAGCUCUGACCAUCCCAGACUCUCUGGGCCGCCUGCCUCUGUCCAUUGCCCGCUCUCGAGGACACACCAAACUGGCUGAAUGUCUGGAGCAACUUCAAAGAGAGGAGCAGCAGCAGCCUCCCUCCACCCACAUGACUUUCUCUCCGAAUCCUGAUGCUCCCUCCUCUGACAGCUGGAUUGUCAGCUGGACCAACGACAGCAUGGUGAACCCCAGCAGCCACAAGAGCAGUCCGCCCAUCACCGCUACCACCAAUACCUCCAGCAACAUCACUCCUGACUUAAGACGCCCCAGAUCCGAGCCCUCCAGCUACUACAGCAGCGAGUGCCAACGGGAUCUCCCUGCAGCUAAGAAACACAAACCGAACCCAGAAGUGGCUCAGACACGGCCGAAUAAAGCUGUCUCGGUUCCCUUGAGCCUGGAGCACCAGCAGCUUCACAAGCUCUCCACCAGCCCAAACACUCUCCCGUCAGAUACACCCAGUGCUGAGCAAAACCCAGCUGCUGAAGGCACCAAAACCAGUGGCAUCUCACAGGCAAAGCUGAGCUCCUUUCGCACAGGGGGACAUAAGUGGAGCUCCAGGGAGGUGUACAGAAAAGUAUCUGGAGGAGUUGGAGGAAGCAGCAUAGGGAAGGAGAAGCUAGCGACCAGGCUGCGUCAGCGGGGAGAGAACAUUAGCAUGAUGACCAUGACGGACAGAGAGAUGGUGGACACCGAGUUGCUCACCUAUAAGGAGGACUUGGAGAACCAGGACUGCCUUUCACACAUGGAAGACUUGCAGGCAAACAUGAUGACCUUGGCGGAGCACAUAAUCGAGGCGACACCAGAGCGCAUUAAGAGGGAGAACUUUUCAGCUGUGGAGUCUGUUCCUCUGGAAAGCAGUGGCCUGAGCAGCACUAUGAGCUGGCUAGCUACUUACCUGGGAGAUGUGGAGCAGCUGCCCAGCAUCAUCCAUCUGAGGUCUCUAUAUAGUGAACCCCUUACCCCCAACCCGGGUCUGAGUCCAGACGGUUCCCCUCAGUCUGACAGUCCAUUUGAGAGGGGUGCCCUGCCCUCCCCGGCCAACUGGACCGAGUUCCUGAAUGCUUCCAACAGCAAGAUGGAGCGCGAGCUGUCACAGCUCACCCUUACCGACCUAGAGCAGAGGGAGCUGUACGAGGCGGCUCGGCUGGUACAGAGCGCCUUCCGCAAGUACAAGGAACGCCCACUGCGUGAGCAGCAGGAAGUAGCAGCUGCUGUCAUUCAGCGCUGUUAUAGAAAAUACAAACAGCUAACAUGGAUAGCAUUGAAGUAUGCACUUUAUAAGAAGAUGACGCAGGCUGCCAUCCUUAUCCAGAGUAAGUUCCGGAGUUACCAUGUGCAGAAAAAGUUCCAGCAGAGUCGACGGGCAGCUGUGCUGAUCCAGCAAUACUACCGCAGCUACAGAGAGUUCCGGCAACUCCGGCCUCACAGACGCACAGCCACCUCAGCCCUGGUGCAGCACAAGCUCAGAAGUAGUUUGCUCACUAAGAGACAGGAGCAGGCUGCCCGCAAGAUCAUGCGAUACCUCCGCCGCUGCCGCCACAGCCCCUUGAUGGACCAUAGACUGUUCAAGCGGAGUGAGAGAAUUGAGAAAGGCCAGGGAACAUGAGAAUAUCCAGAAGAACCCCCUCACAAUGUGACGUCCCUCUCCAGACUUCUUUUACCUGUUUUCUUUUCUGUUUCAACCAGACCUUUUACAAGAGGGGAAAAAAAAAAGAGAAUUCAAGCGGGAAGAGUAUGACUCUAUACAGAACUACACAGACUUCUGCUAUUAUACAACACCACUUUUUCAUAUCUCUAUCUUCCUUCUGUCUUUCUUUUAUAAGAGAAAGAGCUGACUAUAAGAGUGGAUUAAAAAAACAAAACAAAAAACUCAAAGCGAGGGUGUGAUUGGAGGAAGAACAUUUGCUUCGUGGCAUUUUUUGCACUUUUUCAUGGAUUCGGUUUGUUAUUUUGAAGCGCAUCGAAAAGGACAGGAUGUUGGAACAAGUGCGACUCUUCAGAGGAUCACAGAGAGAGGAAGAAGAAGAAGAAGAACAGGUGGAAAGACUGGAAAAAAUAUGGUAUCAGUGCAGAAGAAAUAUGAAAUCAAUGGCAGGACCUGGCGUGAAUCUUAGCACGUUGUUUAAAUGAGAAAUCUAAUGCGUAGUAAUAUUGCGAGGCAUAUGAAAACAUGUGGGGGAAAAAUCCAUUUAUAUCCAGUAUAUUUGAUGAGAAUUCCCUUAAUUAUAUUAUAAGGAGCCCAUCAUAUUAGUGACGAGGUGGGGCAGUAGGUUGAAGUGGUGGUGAGGCUAAAAAAAGGAUCUCUAACAUUUCAGUUAAUGUUAUUCAUCCUUUUAAAUCCCAUAGUAAUGUGUGCUUGAAUUGGACCAGUGCAAAUAUAAAACUACCAUGUGUCUGGGAACGAAAAAAUUAUGGCAGUCCAUUUAUUUUUAUUCCCCAGUGAAUGUACUGAAAAUUGAUGAUGUUCCUAUUGGGUGAUUUGCUAUGGACCUUUUCAUUAUGUGAAUGUUUUUGGAGAAAAAUGUUGCCUCGUUUUGGUUAGUAGUAGUCACUGAUGAUGCUCUUAUUCUGUUCAAAUGACCUCCAUUGGCUCUUUAGGCCUUUAAAGGAAAGCUCACAGACAUUGCCUUGAUAUCUUAGAGAUUCUCUGAAGGGUCCCUAAGCAAGCCCUUUCAGCGAGGGUUGGAAAAAUCCAUAUUUUUGACGACCGAGCGGUUUCUGUACAUAAAGAAAGUGGAAGGGACAGUAUGUGAAGUAAAAAACAUUUAUCUGAACAGGACUGUAUUUUAGAAAUAUAUUAUUUUAUUCAUUAUAAGGGGUCAAAACAGGAAGUCGAAAUCUGAAUAUUUGUAUAGUUUUGUUUGAAUGCCUAAUAAGUAUGGUUGUAUUGUUUGUACAUAUUGUAAAUACUCUGGGAUAAGAUGAGCUACGUGCAUGAAAAUACAAAGAUACAGAAAACAAAAAGGUGAUUUAAAAAAAAAAAAAGAAAAACAGCAUUAGUGGCUAUGCUCUGUAAAACUUUCACUAUAAGAAUAUUUUAUUUUACUUUUGAAUGUUCUUGAGAAGAACAUUUUGCUAAAGCAUGACCUUAUUGCAAAUAUGAAAAAUACCAUACUUAUGAGGUAGAUGAAAACAACAAGCAUUAUCAUUAGACAACAAUGGUUACGUUUACAUCGGGUUUAUUCACGGGCUACCAAGAGACUUUUUCUCCACUGGUGCCAAAGUAAAGUGAAUGCUAACUGCUUAAUGAGAAAUACUAUGUUCAUCCUCGCUGAGCAGAAGACAAAGCAGUGAAAUGGGAGCACAUUAACAUUCAUCACUUCAUCCCCACUGACCGGUGAAUAGAAGAAGAAGUGCCACAGAGAGGAGAGGAUUUCAUAAGUAGCCUUUUAGUCUCCCACAUUUCUAUUGUUUCUCAUAUUGUAAAUUCAGAACACGAAGACAUUUUAAUUCUUGUCUAUGUUUGCGACCAUCUGUAUACGAAGCCACCAUGUUAUAUAUUAUAUUGAAAAGGCUGCUCAUUUUUCAAUUUUAAAAAACGCAACACUGACAGAACAAGGGGGCGACGGUUAAAGAGUCUUUCCUGCAUGACGUGACUGGACAUUUUGGUGCUAAUAACAACGACGUAACAGGAUAAUGAGAAGGAACGCUUGGCCCGAUGUUGAGCUUUUGGCACUGAGCCAGCUGUUUGCACAUUUAGGCAGUAAAGUAGCUUAUGUCGUUUUCUAGCGGCUUUGGAGGCGCAUCACUUCCUGAGCGUUUUAAUUAGGGUCCAAAACCGUAAACGGGCAGCGCUGGAAAUAAGCUGAAAAUGAAAAUAAUGGCACACAAAUGGAUUUUUAAAUAAGGUCAUGAGUCUAUUACUUUUCCAUUCGUUUCAAAUUCACUGUUUAAGUGGUGCCAUAAUGUGGUUCGUUUUCUACGACUGUAUGUAUUUUGUUGUUUUUGUUGUUGUUGUUGUUGUUGUUGUUGUUGUUUUUAAUAUCUUUCAAAGUGUGAACUGUUCAGAGUGUUCAUGUGGGAAGUGCCUAAUCACAGCAGCAAAUUUCACUCAGCAUGCAAUGUAACAAACUGGACUAACUGACUAUUUGGAUAAUGUAAAAGUGACACUUCGUCAUGCUGAUUAUUUUUUCUGUAUGUUUUCUGUAUGUUUUCUUCCAGUAUGUUCUGUCAAUAUAGCAGGAAGCUCAGUUUGUAUUUAAAGCCUGUUGGAACUGCCAGUCAGGAUUGCACACACAGUCCAGUGGCUAUUGCCUUGCAUUCAUUCAUUCAUUCAUUCAUCCAUUAUGAAAGCAGUUGAGGAUGUCUGCUAUUGCACUGCUGGAGCCACAUGAGAAGGUCUUAUUAUGCUUGCAUGGGAAACAUAGAUAACCGGGUGACUAAAGCACACCCAGAGCAUGCUUAUUUUUGUAGAUUUGUUAGACAGAUAGAGUUGAGGAAGAAAUAAUGUUCUAUAAAGCAAUGCUGGUUUAGUAGCUCAUACAACCUUGGAGGGUACAGAGGUGAUGAAAGGGAGAGCAGACGUGUAUAGGAUUGAUCAGUAUUCACAUUUACUCGAGUGGCACACACAUUUCUCAACCAAGGUUUUAAUAGUUUCUUAUUGCGUUCAGUCACGUCAACAAGUCAGCCGUUGAUGUCCAUAUCUUCACGCCACUUUUACGCAUGCACAUAACAGUGAUGUGUCCUAUAUAUACAUAUAUACAUAUAUAAAUACGAAACCGGGUCAGAACGUGCGUUGUACUUUGCAGGCAGUGGAUAACCGCGACCUCUAGAGUGAAUCUCCUAGCGUUAGUGACAAGUUAGCCUCACUUUUUGUAUUUUUACUCAGGGUGCCAAAACUGGGGAGGGGGAAGUGGAGCAGGUCACUGGAGAAUCAGCUGCUGCUUACUGGGAAAAUGAGCCAGAGCCGAGUCCUGAUCAACUUACUGUGAUUUUGAUUAUUCCAUGCUGUUCGUUUUUAUUGAAACAUACAAUUUGUUUUUUGUGUACCAUAGAAAUAACCACUGUCCCCGAAAAAGCCCUAGCAAAACACAAAAAACGACAGUAGGAAGAAAGGCAUCCCAGGGUAGUGGAGAUAUAAUAGUUGGUGUGUGAGCUACAGUCCUGUAUGUGCUUACAUUUCAGACUGAAACACUGCCAUUGAUAGAUAUAGAGUAUGAAUUUUGAAAAAAUAAAAAUAAAAAAAAGUACAAGGUAAUAAAUAAUAAAUAACAGUAUUGACCUCAUUUCUAAUAUAAUAGAUUUCCCCUUUUAUUUCACCGUCGAGCUGUAGGGUGCUUCAGAGGUGUCAGAUGGACCAUGGACUCACAGGGCGUAAGAUUCUCCUGAAAUGCUUACAGAUGAUCGUCACAGCCCAGACAUGGUCUCAUGUUCAGCUCACAGGGCAUCUAUCUUAGAGUUAGUAUUAUUCUUUACUCAUUAUUGAAACUACCUUUCCUCCUUUUCUGCACCCAUCCUCAAAAAAAAAAAAGGCACAUCGAGGUAACCGAGCCGAAAUCUGUCUCACAAAACUUUCCACUUGUGGACAUAGAGCAAUAAACAUGUUUUAUGAAGUUGAGACCUGCAAAUCUUACGGAGAUAAAAAAUAAAUAAAUAAAAAACAAAACAAAAAAAAAACAAUUGGACACAUGCAAACUUACACUUAUGCAAAUGCCGAUAGGCUGGUGUGAGAUUAGUGUUCAGUAGGCCUAGUUUAUGGACAGCAGUUAUAGGACAUCUUUUACAGACCUGCACGUUUUCAUCAUUCCCAAAAAACCCAGAAAAAUAGCGGCCCUGCUUUUAUUCUAGGCCACCGGGGCCUUGACACUUUGCAUGUGUAACUAGUGAUAGAGCUCUUUUUCUCUCCUCUCUAGCUGUCUUUCCUUGCUAUGUAGCCUUUGUCCUCCUCCUUCCCCCCUCCCAAUCUGUUCAACCGUUCAUUUAUUUUUAAAACUUUGUGUAAUACAGAUGUUUUUUCCCCUUUCGUUUCUCCCUACCCCUUAUGUAAGUUUUAUUUUUGUAACUGCAUGUUAAACCGUCACUGAAAUGAUGGAUAUGUUAAAAAAAAAAAGAGAACUCAGCUGCUGAAGCCAUGCAAAAUGUUUUGAAUUGCCCUUAAAAUAUGAAAGAUGUUUUCUGAAUGCUUUAUAUUCUUUCUGCUGUAAAAUAAUAAAAAGGGAGAAA